CACAAGACGAGUGGGCCUGACCUCAUCGAGCCUUAAUUUACCCAAGCGUAUCAUCUUUAUCUCCAGUUACCUAUUCGCCGGUCUUCUACUACUACUGAUACUACUACUGCUACUGCUACUGCUACUGCUACUACUACUUCUACUACAACUUCUGCUACAACUAUUAUUAUUCUCCCAAUUCGAAAUGCAGGUUCAAAGUCUCGGGGACUGUCCACCUCACUGACAGAGUCAAACACUCAAGAGUGCCAUUCUGUUUGUUGUCCGGGUCGGAUGCCAAGUUUUUCGGUUUCUCGAGUCGGUCACUCAUACCUACAUGCAUGUACGUAGUAGCUAGCUGGCGGCUCAUACUCUGCGAAGCUGCGAGAUCAGUUUUGGGCUUUUUCCCCCAAAUUCACGGAUAGAAUCGAGCGCCGUGGUGCUGGGUCCAGAGUCCUGAGUCCUGUAUCCAUGAACGGCGUGCAUGGUGCGACCGAUUGCUCGAGUGUGCGAAGUGUGUCCUUUGAUUUUUACAUGUCUGAUCGCCAUAAAACAGAUCAGACUCCUUCGAAAUUAGAAGAAGUGACUAGCUGUGGAAGUAAGUAGAAAAGUAUAAGGUGAUGCCGCCGUCCUCUGGGAGAGCUGUUGCCCAGGCCAAUAGAGGCACAGGAUUAUGGGGAGGAAGAGGCACUCCCGAAGCACGAUCAUUUUGUUGAGGAGACCGACACUCGUUCGUCCUUGGGGCUCAUCACACGCUGGCCUCAACAUGUACAGAGGAGGAGCAGGAGGAAUACCCUAGUCCUUCUUCAGCGAAAUCCUCAACAACUGUCUAUUCUACUCCAAGAACUCAAGUCCAUCGCCGAAGCAGUGAGAAACAGUAAGAAAAGAAGAAAAAAGAUCGAAAAGACGGCCUCGGGCCAUGGACUCUGCAGUAGUGACAAUUGCAGUGACUUGUUUCUGCCAUGUAGCCUGAGUCUCCUUCGUUCGUACCGAAAGAGCCGAAAAAACUUGCUGCUUAGUCUUCUUCCUUCUGUGACUCUUUUUCGGUUGUAUCUUACAAUUCAAGCCCUAGUUCGCGAGUCCUUGGGUAUUGCUAUCGUAGUGGUGGAACAAAAAUCCAACGGAGACGUUGUUGUCUGUGGCACCAGCCAUAUUAUUGUUCUCUCAUCAGUGUUACCUGUGUCCCCUUUGGUCUGUUGUUGCUGUUGUUGUUAUUGUUAUUAUUGUUCGGAGGGGGAGGGGGGUGACAGUGCGUCUGCUGUGCCUGCCAUUGCUACGAUUGACACCACUGUUCCCAGCUUCUGAUAUUCCAAGUUCCCUCUCAAACGGCCAGCCAGUCGCAUCAGAAGGAAGCAAAGCAGAAAAACACCAUCGGGGAAUCUGCAAGGAGCAGGGGGUCUAUGGUCAAUUGGCCAUGGAACACGAGGCUUUCAGUCAAGGCUAAGGAAACCAACACCAGUGUAAUCAUUGGCACCCAAUCGAAGUUGCAUUCAUUAUCACUUGUGAUGGAUUAGAUAGAUGAUCUGGCAUUUUGAAAUAGUGUUUUGGUGAAGUGAGUUCUUCUCUCGACGCACCCGGUGUGACAUGGGAGUGAGACUUCCAAAGUCCUUAUUUGGUGUCAAAAUCAAAGCUCCAUUUCAAUGAGAAGGCUGAAGUGCUGAAACGAAGGCCAAACACGUCAUUGCCAGGCCAUGGUUUUGCGGUGACUUUACAAUAGGUGGCAUGAACAGCCCAGUUUGUUCUAGUACAAGGUUUUGGUGUGUAUUCGACUGAACCUACUCCCCUUGUGAUUACUGAUGAAGUGGUGCAUCUUUCAUGACAAAACAGGGUGUCACAUCGGUGGUCUGUCGGACCAGAUUGGGCUGUUUUUUCCUUCUUACGUGGGCUCUCCUCGUCUUUGGCGAGAUCCCAAGAGGAGUGCUCACAGGGAUCAUGAUAUCCUCCAGUGCUGGAUUGAACGUACGUCGAGGUGCCACUGGCAGUAGUCAAACCCUCAAUGGUGCAGGCUCAAGUCCAUCGCGGCGAAGCAACUCGUUUGAGACUUCCAAUGCGCCCUCAGUGUUGGCCAGUACCUAUGUGGCUGCAUCGGCCGGGGCAGCUUUCGUGGUGGGAUGCUCAGGUGGUCCCAGAGCUAGUUGGGGUGGAGGCAGUUACCUCAGUGGCCAAGACAGCAUUGGUGGAUCUCAGCUCCAAUUACGAAGGUAGUGCGUCAUUCUGCCCAGUGUGACUUUGCGUGUGUCUUUGUCACACGACCCAUCCAAUGGCCACCAAUCCAACCAUCCAACCAACCAACCAACCAACCAACCAACCAACCAACCAACCAACCAACCAACCAACCAACCAACCAACCAACCAACCAACCAACCAACCAACCAACCAACCAACCAACCAACCAACCAACCUAUCAACCUACCAAUCAAUCCAACCAUUGACUAACUAAUGUUUCCGUCGACCACGUUUAACCCCGAACAAUCGUGACAAUCAAAGCAAGAUAUUCCGUAUUGGUUCCCUCCAUUCCAGUUUUUCACACAACAGGUCCAAACAAGACAGAAACCUUAUAUCAUUUUCUACCCUUCUUCCUCUUCGCUCAAACCAUUCUGACUAACCCGCGUUGUUAUCCGCUACAUACAUAAUCCCCAUAACCGUUAAACAGCUUUAUUCAGCUUCGUCUUCACAUUACUACUUUAACAAAGCUUUAAGCCUGGGAAACUUACAUCAGUCGAGUGCUAGAAUUGAUCCAGGCUUCAAGACAUGCCGAUGACAAGUGAGGAAAAGUUAGUAUCAGAAUCAAUCUGACAGUGAGUUCCCGACGUACUUGGAACGCUACUUCGCACGUCAUUUCGUAAGAGUGUCUUGUGAUCGAGGUGGCUUCUUUCGAAGCUGAAGAACUACGGCCCCCUCUGUGUCGAUUGUGCCUAAUCAUAGCAAACCUAUUUGGAACCAAUUCAGCCCAUUGGUCUGGCUUGAGAUGUGGGGCUCGACCUGAGUGUGUCUCGCAUUCGCGUUCAAGUUUGUUGUGUGACACAUUUUUCUCCCAUCGGCGAUUUCAAGACAGUUGCACUAAAGCUCCUUUGCCAGACGCCAACACGACGAGCUCCAUUGGCCAUCCUCCAUUGGAGGUCGGAUUGGCUGCGUUGCCGACGACCUCUUCUGAUCGCUCGUUCGGCCCGUUUCAUGAGAUUAGAGAUAUUUUGUUCACGAUGCUCAGUCCGGAUAGCACAUUCGCGGGAACGUUUCGUAAAUACUAUGAAAAGCUCGUCGAUGCUGCAGUGGAGAGAAAACCGUCUCUGCCAAAACUUACGGCCCACGAGGAUGAAGGUGUCCACCAAAAUCCUCAAUACACGGGUCAACAUCACUUUCAUCCAGUGGUCCACGACCACGAUUGCUGCCAAAGGGUCGUAAUCAACGUGGGCGGGUUGAGGUAUGAGACACAGAUCCGUACCCUCAACCAAUUCCCGGAUACUCUCUUGGGUGAUCCCUCCCGACGCAUCCGAUAUUACGAUCCCGUCCGAAAUGAAUACUACUUUGAUCGCCAUCGAAAUUGUUUCGAGGCUAUCAUCUAUUAUUACCAGAGCGGAGGUCGAUUACGGAGGCCAGUUAAUGUGCCACUCGAUGUGUUUUCAGAAGAGAUACAGUUCUAUGAACUGGGAGAAUAUGCUAUCACCAAAUUCAGGGAAGACGAGGGGUUCAUCAAAGAGGAGGAGAAGCCAUUACCCACCAAUGAUCUCCAACGAAAAGUGUGGCUCUUAUUUGAGUACCCCGAGAGCUCUCAACACGCCCGAGUGGUGGCCAUCAUUUCAGUAUUUGUCAUUCUCUUGUCCAUUGUGAUCUUUUGUUUGGAGACUUUGCCCGAGUUCAAGCACUACAAAGUGUUCAACACCACUGCCAACGGUACCAAGAUUGAGGAGGACGAGGUCCCGGACGUGACCGACCCAUUCUUUAUAGUAGAGACGUUGUGCAUCAUAUGGUUCACGUUCGAACUCCUAGUCCGCUUUCUAGCCUGUCCAAGUAAAUAUGUGUUUGCCAAAGAUAUCAUGAACAUGAUCGACCUGGUGGCCAUCAUCCCAUACUUCAUCACAUUGGCCACCAUCGUGGCUGAGAAAGAGGAGGUGAUAGCGCCCAAAGCGCCAGUUGCACCCAACAAAGAAGGCAACAACCAGGCCAUGUCAUUGGCCAUUCUCCGGGUCAUUCGACUGGUCCGAGUCUUUCGAAUAUUCAAACUCUCCCGGCAUUCAAAGGGCCUCCAGAUCUUGGGACGGACGCUUAAAGCUUCCAUGCGUGAACUUGGAUUACUCAUGUUCUUCCUAUUUAUAGGUGUGGUGCUAUUUUCCAGUACUGUUUAUUUUGCGGAGGCAGGUUCCCCGCAUUCACAUUUCAAAUCCAUUCCUGACGGGUUUUGGUGGGCAGUGGUUACAAUGACCACUGUUGGAUACGGUGAUAUGACGCCAGUAGGUGUGUGGGGAAAAAUAGUAGGGUCCUUGUGUGCCAUUGCCGGGGUGUUGACGAUCGCUCUACCGGUUCCUGUCAUUGUUUCCAACUUCAACUACUUCUAUCAUAGAGAGACAGAUCAAGAAGAAAUGCAAUCUCAGAAUUUCAAUCACGUCCAGAGUUGUCCGUACAUGCCCGGACAAUUUGGCGAAUCCCUAAAAAGGCCACUUCAUUCCGAUUCUCUCUCUGAUAUCAUGGACCUGGAGGAGGGCAACACCUCAGCCUACCACCAACAGCAGCCUCACCACAUGGGUUCAGAUCGGGCGGGGAGUGGCGGUGGGGGUGGCGGGGGCGGCGGAAACAGUGGGGGUCUGACCACCACUCUUCCAGCCCUGACCUCCACCAAUCCCGCCCUCUACCACCAACAUCACCACCACCACCACAACAACAACAACAGUACUAGCCGACCAGCCUCUUUGGACCAGCGGCAGUACAUGCAACACAACUGCAAUCCCAGGCAUAACAACAACCCCGUCACGGCGAGCAACGGUCAAAGCAAUCAGGUCCUGCCGCCCAUUGCGGGAGCGAUUGCCAUCGCUGAAGCGCCUCUACCCGUUGAAAGUGGCACAACCUCUGUUACUGGAGAUGUAUCCGCAACUGCUUUAGGAAGCGCAGCCGUCAAGGUGGAAACAGACGUGUGACCUUAAGGAGCCGAACUUUCGAGUUCAUCGCCUCGUCUGACAAUGAAGUCAUGCAAAGCAUCCUCUCAUUCAGUGCCAAUAACAAUAACAACACCAACAGCAAAACCUACAACAACAACACCAACAACCAAUCAGUGAAUCUCCUUCAUUUCAAAAAAUCCGGCAAAUCUCGAACUCAUCCAGAAUGAUGUUGUCCUCAAUCGCAUUACCUUCAUUAUGAUCAUGAUCAACCUGGAACCCUAGGGGUUCUGACCCAUUCAAAUGUGGAGGAGGAUUGAUCAUCAUACCGAGCCAACUUGAUGAUCUUAAUUUCCAACAAUCCUCAAUUACCAAGAUUUAAAGGGCCAUUCAGCAUUCCAGUCUCUUCUUCUGACGAUACACUACGUCAUAUUGUGAUAAAGAAAACAUAAAGAAUCCUGGAAAAUCCUCCUUAAGUAACUGAGAUGUGCGUGUGUGUGCGUGUUUGUCUUUGUCUCUCUCUCUUUCUUUUUCUUUCUUUCUCUCUCUCACCUUCUCCCUCUUUGUCGCUCCUCCCUUUUUCUCCUUCUUCUCGUUCCCCUUUUUCCUUUCCCUAGACCUAGAUUGCUCCUAGAUGGUCUUGAUGAGAGUUUGAUGGUCAACCCUCCAUGCCAAUCCCACCCACCACCCACCACCAACCCCCCCCUCCUCCUCCUUCGCCGCCCAUUUGUUGCUUGGAGCUACAAUUGACCAUGGAGGUGUCACGUUUUGAUCCGUGAUAAGCAACCUAUAGAAUCAUUAACUAUUAACCAAUCGUGGUGGCCGUGACUGCUACUGCUAUUAUUAUUAUCAUUAUUAUUGUCAUCACUAUUGUUACCACCGCUAUCAAACUUUGUCUUCAACCAACUUUAUUGUUUCGUCUUCUCUCCAAUAAUAAUCAUCUUUAUUGUUGUUGUUACCAUAAUCAUUAUCAUUCUUGCUUUUCCUCUCUUCUUCAAAGGUGACUCCAACCACGAUUCCAGCCGCUCCUCCCACAUUCUUAUCCUUUUUUAUACUCCCAAUGCUUCCUUUCUCCCUCUUUUCGGACUUGGGAUCCUACCACCUACUACCACUACAAGUACGGCCCACUUCGUUCUUCUCCAUUUUGCAAGCCCAAAGAAACGAAUAAUAAAUCUUGGAUCCUCGUCGCUUUUCUUCUUUCUACUCUCUUUUUAAAUUUAGCACAUGGAGGGGCAAAUUUAUGAAUUCACUGAAGGAUCAACCAAUAACAACCAGUUCAAAGGGUCAGAGCUCUGAUUUAGAAUUGGAUGUUGACUCCACAAUGGUUGGAAGGUCACGUGUUGUACCGUGUAAAGUGGGAACAAAUAACUUCAAGACUCUUCUUCCUGUCCCAUUACAAGGCUAAUCCCUCCGUAACACCAAAAUAACCUUUCUUCAUUCAUCCCCAUACUAAACAUUAAACCACUAUGAGCGUGGUACGAGUCCGCAAAAACUGAGCUCAAGAGUAAUUCAAUGAGCCAUCAAAACCAAUGGUCAUUUAUAACAAUAGCAAUGCCAUCACCUUCGAGCGGGGCAAGAAUAAUCCUCAUACCUAUCGCUCCUUUCUUUUUCAAUCCGAUCCUUUCUUUGAUCACUUCUGUUGCCUCCAUCUCCUCCUCCUCCUCCUCCUCCUCCUCCUCCUCCUCCUCCUCCUCCUCCUCCUCCUCCUCCUCCUUCCUUUGCUUGGCUGUGCUGAAACUUCUCUUUCUAUUCGUACACAUCCGGCUUCUACACAAUAUGUUUUACCAUGCAUUGAUAUCACCACUACUGAAACAAAACCCCUCUGAUCAUAUUUGAGAUGAAGUGCAUUGAGGGUGCUCUUAAUCUUUCAAACAUCACUCUAAUUUCAUUUGCUAGAGUGAGUGUGUUUAUAGCCGGAACAGACCAAUAAGAAAAGCAACAACUACGUCAAAACCUCUUCCUCCUUCCUUCUGCCUACUCUUCUUUCUCUGUUUCAUUUUUGACAUAGAUCUUUCGAAGUACGUACGUUCUACGUACAACUUUGGUGGGGAACUUUUCCUCAAAGAAUAGAGUGCCGUCUUUUCAUUCCGUCAUUGAGUCCCAUUAGUUGGCUGAUGACCGUGUUGUCCUUAUGAUCGGUCACCCUUUUUCGAUUGCCUCUUUGAUAUGAUUCACCAAAAUUCAACAAUCUCACCAAUGUACAUUUUUGCAUUCCUUCACAAAUUCCAUCAUUCACUCUAUCUAUCCGAUUUUCUGGCUGUCUCUCUCUAUCUCUCCCUAAAUAUCAACCAAUAUCAACGAUCAUGUUUGGAAAUUCCGCGGGUUCUCGUUAUCGGCAUGGAGAUUGUCCUAAUCUGAAAGAUUUAAACCGUCCCCGAUUGUUUUGUUUGCAUCAUCUUGAGGAAGAGAAGUUUACAUAUUGAACGAUAUAGAUUGGCUUUAUUGGCUUUCAAAGGUGUGAGAAUGCAAUCAAUUCCAAAUCAAGUUCUCCAACGCCAAGGUUGUGUCUGCGUGGAGCAGAUUCCACUCCGAUGUCUUCUUCGGCCAGCAGCAAGCUUUCUCCCACUUUCCUCUUCUGUUUCUAAGCGCGUGGUCUUGUUAUUGUUGUCAUUUUCAUUGAUGUUAUCAAACCCUUUGGUGACAUGUAUUCAUACAGUUUCUACCUUACAGCGAUUCCCUAUCGAAGACCUUGCUUGUAUCCAUUCCAUUCGUGUCAGGUUUACUUUUAUUACCGUGCAUAAAAAUCGUUGCUGAUUGUGCUGAUAUCAUCGCUCUGUCAAUCACUGAAUGAAUAUGUAGGCUCUCUCGGUCGCGUCACUGUUUGAUCAUUAUCCACUUUUAUUCAACUCCUUCCCGCUUUACGUCCUAACUCGCAAAUCGUUGGUUGGUUCGUCCCUCCCUCUCUCGUCUCAAGGAUGAGUCAGUUCUUAUUCAUUUUUAUCGAAUGGCCAUGAUAAUGGAGGAGAAGACAUUCGUAAGAUGACAUUGCUCACUUAAAAAUGGCAGGUCUGGCUGGUUGUUUUCCUUCCGAUCGCAAUUCAUUCGAUUCUCUCCAUGUGGAGCAUCCAUUCCGUUCAAGACUUUCUUGGAUCCACGUGGUCGAACCGAAUCUCAGGAUACUCUAUACUCUUUGCUUCCUUCCUCAAUCUCGUCCUCUUCAUUAUUAUGGCCAUGAGGGUCCUAGAUAUUAUUUGCCACGCGAGGACCCUUAACAGACAUUUUGUCCAACAAGAUAUUUCUCGACCCCUCCCCCCCCCCCCUCCCCCCAAUGAAAAAAAACCACAUUUUAAGAAUUAAAAUCCCUCACAAAAGGUUCAAUUGACAUUUUCAGACAUUCUUGCUCUCUUGACUCAGCUCUUUUCUCUGGCUCGCUUUCUACUUGGAGAUCCUUCUCCAGCAAACCGUUGGUGGAUGUGUGUUUUGAAUGGUUCAAAUCAGUGGUGAAACACGAGUAGCCAACCCUCCCCGACUCCUCUAGAUUCAUUCUUCUCAAUGGCUCAUUGUAAUCUAGGGCGAUCCCAAUAAAACAAAUAAAUCACCCAAAUAAAGCGAUUUCAACUUGGACAA